CCGGGCGGCGCGGGCGGGGCAGGCCGGGCCGCUGCCAUGUCCGCCGCGGGACGCGCUCCCGGGCCCGGCUGCGGAGCCGCCUCUCGGCUUUGAAGGCUGGUGAGCAACAGACAAUUUGAAUCAUUGAAGCAUUAGAAUAGUAAUACCCAUGGAAGAGCCACAAGACUUACCCGAACAACCAGUGAAAAAAGCCAAGAUGCAGGAAUCCAGAGAACAAAGCUUGAGUCAUGUGAGCAAUGCAGAAGUCAGUGAUCAGAAACCUGAAUCUUCAAGCCUUGGUUCAAACCUUCCCAUGUCCAGUGAGAUUAUGACAUGCACUGAUUAUAUCCCAAGGUCGUCAAAUGAUUAUACCUCACAAAUGUAUUCUGCAAAGCCAUAUGCACAUAUCCUGUCUGUACCUGUAUCAGAAACAAUGAGCCCUUACCCUGGUCAGACUCAGUACCAAGCGCUACAGCAGUCUCAGCCCUACACCAUCUACCCCCAGACCACCCAAACCUAUGGACUACCUCCUUUUGGUGCACUGUGGCCAGGUAUGAAACCUGAAAGUGGUUUAAUUCAGACUCCAUCUACAAGUCAGCACAGUGUUCUUACCUGCACUACAGGGUUAACCACAAGCCAGCCCAGCCCAGCACAUUAUUCUUAUUCCAUUGAAGCAUCAACUACCAAUGCCAGUCCAGUCUCUACAUCCUCAACUGUUGUCAAUAUUUCCACAUCAUCAGUAGCCAGCAUCUCACAGGAAUACCCUACAUACACCAUCCUUGGCCAAAGCCAGUACCAGACGUGUUACCCAAGUCCUGGCUUUGGAGUCAUCACUCCAGCAGAAAGCAACACAGAGACUUCUGCCUUAGCACCGACCACGUAUCCAGCUGAAAAGCCAAACCCUGUGGUGCCUGCCCGGCCAGUGCCCAGACAUUCCUCAGGAGAUGCAUCCACAAGUCCUUCAUUAUCAAGAGCAACAGCAAGUAAAGAGUUAGAUGAGCAGGCAAGAAAAAAUGUCCCUGGAAAGAACAGGGGGAAGAGGAAAGCAGAUAACUCCUCCUCACAGGACAGUGAACUGGAGCGAGUGUUUCUCUGGGACCUGGAUGAGACCAUCAUAAUCUUCCAUUCACUCCUCACAGGGUCUUAUGCUCAAAAAUAUGGCAAGGAUCCAACUCUCGUGAUUGGCUCGGGUCUGUCAAUGGAGGAGAUGAUUUUUGAAGUAGCUGAUACUCACUUAUUUUUCAAUGACUUGGAGGAAUGUGACCAAGUACACAUAGAAGAUGUGGCAUCUGAUGACAAUGGCCAAGAUUUAAGCAACUACAAUUUCUUCACGGAUGGCUUCAGUGGCUCGGGCAGUAACACAAACCACAGCUCCUCAGUUGGUGUCCAGGGUGGAGUGGACUGGAUGAGGAAACUGGCCUUUCGAUACCGCCGAGUACGAGAGACCUACGACAAAUACAAAACCAACGUUGGAGGCCUUCUUAGCCCACAGAAGAGGGAAGAGCUGCAGAGGCUAAGGACUGAUAUAGAAGUGCUGACAGAUUCCUGGCUGGAAACUGCAUUGAAGUCCCUGCUACUCAUACAGUCCAGAAAAAACUGUGUGAACAUCCUGAUCACAACCACUCAACUGGUGCCCGCUCUUGCCAAAGUUCUCCUGUAUGGACUGGGGGAGGUGUUUCCCAUUGAAAAUAUUUAUAGUGCUACAAAAAUAGGUAAAGAGAGCUGCUUUGAGAGGAUCGUGGCACGGUUUGGAAAGAAAGUCACUUACGUGGUGAUUGGAGAUGGGCGUGAUGAAGAGGUUGCAGCUAAGCAGCACAACAUGCCUUUCUGGAGGAUCACAAAUCAUGCAGACCUCGUGUCCCUUCACCAAGCUCUCGAGUUAGACUUCCUGUAAGAAGUUGGGGCAAAGGCAGCCUGGCUGCACAUCCUGCAAACCCACUCCAUUGGGGCUGCAGAGAUUUCACACAUUUGGGGACUCACUUCUCAGCUUGAUGAAGAAAACAUACCUAAUGCAAACUGUCCAGUAGAACAUGACACCAAGUCAUUUCCUCAGGAGCACAGGCCCUGCCAAGUACAAAGGUGUCCUCUAAAGGAGCACUAGGCUCAGCAGAGCUAGAGCUUGUCUGAAGAAGAGACUUACAGAAGCCAGCUGAAGUCCUCUAGCAGGUAGUCUCCAGAGGGAGGGAGUGAUACAACAGCAGAAGUAUUUGUAAGAGCUUUCUCCUUUCUAUUCAGCUUAGUUGUAGUACCCAAGUAAACACAAAUCCUUAUUUUUAUAGAAAAAUACUGAUGGCAGAGCUGAACCUCCCUUGUUUUGCAAAGCCAAAAAAAGCUGUUUGAUAGGGGUUUUUUUCAUAGGAAAUAUUAAUGAAAAUGUCAAAAAUACCUCUGUUGCUGUGAAAUGUGUCCUCUCUCCUUCCCUGGGUAUUCAAAGCAGUUAAUUUAUUAUGAUGUCCUGAUGUUAUUUCCUCAACGUGGUAUUACUGGAAAAUAGAAAGAUAAGGGAAUGUUUCUGGGAUGUGUAGUUCCUUGUGGAGGAAAGUGUUGGUGUUCUGAGUUGAUCACAGUGGCUUCUAGUCAAUGUGUGCACAAGCCUUGUUAACAAGCUAGGAUCACUGGAUUCUAGCUAUCCAUGACCCAGACCUUAGAUUCCACAGAUUCUCCCUGUAAAAGAAAACAAAACUGCCUGUGAACAUUAGAUACAGCACAACACUAUUACAGACUGCUCAAAUGUGAGCAGGGUCCUUGUCUGGACUAGGAGUAAUUUGAGAGAAUUAAAUGCUCAUGAAUGUUACGAAGAAGGGUAUGGUUAUUAACCUUCACCUCUGCUUUCCAGACUCCAUUUGUGAGAGUAAGUUCCUUUUAGUAGAAUCAGCUGAAAUUUUCUUGUAUUCUUCUUUGCAUUAGCCUAACUGCAUAGUUAGAACCAAAACCCUUGUUAAGAGGGACUUCAUUUUCUAAGACACUGUGACUUGGCAGCCUGGAGCACACUGGCCUUGGGGGUGAUGAUGAUGCUGUUAUUUCGGCUGCCAUCCCAGUAAAAAAGGCUGGGGUUGGUGACCUGCAGCACCACCAGCCAGAAACAGUUCCUGGGGGCUGGCAUAGGAGCUGGUUUUGUGAUCUGCCUCCUCCCUGUACCUGAGUGGCAGCAGAUCAGCAGUUGCCUGUGGUUUGUGCCCAGAGGACAGCUGUCUGCUGUGCCUCGCUGCCCACUUCUGCUGAGCCAGACCCACAGCUACACCCCAACCCCUCCAGUGCUCUGGUCUCCAGCCCAGUGUCACCAGUCUGGGACCCACAGGGGACUGCUCUGAAAGUAGGUUGCUUCAGUGGAGGACCCACUCCAGGGCAGCAGAUGGUGUGUUUGCUGCUUUCUUUUCAUGGCAUUAAUUACCGAGGAGCAAUUUCCGUCAGUGCUGGGGGAGUUGCUGGGCCAGCUCAGCACAUGCUCUGAAUGUGUCCUGGGAGUGUCUGUUCCUGGGCCAGCUCCAGUCACCACUGUGGAGGAGGUGCCUAGAGCAAGAGAUUGGAUCCCCAGAGCUAAGGAGCUGAGCAGAGGUCUCUGUCUCAAAUGUUCCUAACUCCAGUUUUGGCUUUUUUUUAAAAAAAAAAUAAAAAAAAAAUCAGCAGAGUUUGUCCUUCUCCAAGGUGGUGACAAGAGUCAGGAGUGAUCUGCUUCCCAUCCAGACAUACUCUCUGCUCCAGGAACAUGUUGUCUGUGUAGAAGCAGCUGCCUGUGGGCAACAUGGCCUUGCAUCCCAUUAGAAAAACCUUGAGGAGCCCAUUUCUGCUGCAGAUGUUCCUGAGCAGCCCCGGGGAGGGGAUGUUUUCUGGCUGCACUAACAGCUGCUGGGCCAGCAGAGCCCCAGGUGCCGGCGGGGGAUGUGGGGGGGCUCAGCAGAAGGGUUACAAGAGAAGCAGGAGCCCACAGGGGAUGUUCCCCAUCUGCUGGGUACACAAGGUGGAGACCUCAGGUGUGUUACCAGGAGUGACCCACAGCCAGGGCAGCCCAUGAACUAGUGCCUCCCAGCAGCUGGGCAGAGCAGGCAGGGACACUGCAGGGCUCCAGCUCCACUGCUGCCAGGGCCACAAAGAGCCCAGUUUGUCCGGGGUGCCUGGGAAGUGUCACUUCUGCAUCAGCUGGAGCAGAUCUGGUAGGAAGUCAGCCAUGCCAAGAAGCAGCCCCAUUUCUCCCAGGGUCUCAAAUGUUGCCAGAAGAUCAGGACUUACUUGUAGUCACAGAAGAGUCUGUGCUGAAUCCUGAAAAUCUCUCUGUGGAUCCCAGCCCAUCUACAGGUCUCUCAUGAGUGGGCUUGGGAGGUGUCCCAGCCUGUGAACCAGCCUGUGUGGAGCAUGUUUCCUACUCUGGCUGGCUGAAAUUUGGGAUUAAAACCUGUGCCUUAACCUCCCACCAUCCAGCGUGGCUCAGUGGCCCCUUUGCUUCACUAACAUCAAGGCAAUUGCAGGAGCCUCACACUGGCCUGCACGGGGAGCUGGGAUGUGCAAGUGCCAGACCCAAGGUACCAGGUAGCCUGGCAGCUGGCUUUGUGUUUGUUUACUUUAAAAUGUUUUAAGGAAAUUUUAAGAUGUCUGCAAAAUUUUAGCUGAAUGUGGAACUCUUGCAGCCAGUGACAUUUCAUACUGAUAUUUAUAUGAUGUCUCCUUGAAUGUAUGUAAAGUACUUUUAUAAUAGGAGGUUGAUGGUACAUUUCUGUGUUUAAUAAAGGUUGACCUGGCUAUUUUAUUUUUUCCUGUAAUGGCUGAAUUUAAGACUUUUCCUGUCUAUUGUGUGGAAGGAACAGCAUCUGUAUCCAAGCAUUGAUUUGCUUCUGUCUUUGUGCUCUCCCAUUACCCCUGACCUGGCUGUAGCCGAACUGGUGACAAACUGGAAUGCCUGAGGAACAGCCAGAGAGCCCGGCCAGGGCACUGGGGCUGAGCCUGCCUGGGUGCUGCCAUCCUCCCUUCCAGCUUUGCUGCAGUGGCUUUAAAACCCACCUGAUCCACUCAUGUUUGCUGCCUCCAGGAUUGUCUGUGCUGGCAUCCAUGGGAAGCAGCAGGAUCUCCAGAGCCCCCAGCAGCAGGAUGAGCCCUGGAAGCUGCUGCUGCUUCAGAACCUUCACCUGUUUGUGGUCUGUGUAAUGGGAACUGUCCUAUGAACUGGAAAAAUAAAAAUGAUUAAAAAAAAAUAAAUAAAUGCUUUAUUUUCUAUA